AUGGCUCUUAAGUACGUUGCAAGUUACCUUUUAGCCGUUACUUGCGGUAACGAAAGCCCAUCGAAAGAUGACGUCAGAGAUGUACUGAACUCAGUUGGAUCAGAAGUAGACGAAGAUGCCUUGAGUGCAUUUUUCUCAGCUGUUUCAGGAAAGGUUGUCCACGAGACCAUAAGUGCUGGUCUUGAUAAGCUUCAGACAUUACCAGCUGGAGGAGGCGUUUCAGUAGCUUCUACAGUCCAAGCUUCAGGAUCUUCAGAAAAACAAGAAGAAGCAAAGAAGGAAGCUGAGCCUGAGGAGGAAGAAGAUGAUAUGGGAUUCUCACUUUUUGACUAA